CAGAUACCGGAUGGGAUGGGGCCCACCCUCAACUUCCUGUUUAAAAACCCCCUCCCUCCUUCCGACCGUCCCUUCUCCACCAUUUCCAGAUCCCUUACCCCAUCCAAAACCCUCAUCCUCCGCGCCGCGCCGAGCCCCUCGCCCAUGGCCGCCUCCGAGGACUACCUCCGGCGGUCCCUCGCCGAGAAGCAGACCGCCGUCGACGCCCAGUCCGAGGCCGUCCGGGCCCUCAAGGCCCUCCCCGGCGUCUCCGAGGACGAGAUCGACGCCGCCGUCGAGGUCCUCAAGGCCCUCAAGGUCGAGCACGGCGCCGCCAAGAAGCAACUCCGGUCCGCCGUCAGCGGCAAGGUGGCGUUCCAGAAGGCCGUCGAAAACACGCUGAAGAGGAGGUUCUUCUUGAUCCGCGGCUCCAUGAUCUCCGGCGAACCCCUCACCUACAGGCAUCCUGGGAGCGCCUUCAAGUCCAACGUCCUUGACUUUUGGCGCCAGCACUUUGUUUUGGAGGAGUACAUGAUGCAGGUGGAUCGUCCCUGUGUCAUUUCAGAGUACAUGCUUCCUAGUGGUGUCUGGUAUUUAGUUGCUGUUCGAUUAUCUGUGGAUUGUAGGUGUAUGUGGCCAAAAACAGCACAGGGUAUUCCGGUGAAUUUUAAGUACUUGUACGAUUACAAUGACGAGAAGCUUCCAUUUGCAGCAGCUGGGACUAGGGUGGCAUUUAGAAAUGAGAUUUCACCUUGCCAAGGUCUUUUCAGAGACGGCAAUUUCACACUAGCUGAGAUAGAGCACUUUGUGGAUCAUGAGGACAAAUCCCACCCAAAGUUUGUUGAUGUUGCCGGCCUGGAGUUUUUGAUGUUCCCUAGGGAAGAGCAACUAGCAGGGAAAUCAGUCAAGUCAAUGGUCCUUGGUGAAGCUGUUUCAGAGGCAACAAUCAACAAUGAGACACUUGGUUACUUCAUAGGACGGGUGUAUCUUUUCUUGACUCGUCUGGGAAUUGACAAAGAUAGAUUGCGCUUCAGGCAGCAUCUGCCAAAUGAGAUGGCUCAGUAUGCUGCAGACUGUUGGGAUGCGGAAAUAGAAUGCUCCUAUGGUUGGAUUGAAUGUGUUGGGAUUGCUGAUAGGUCUGCUUAUGAUUUACUAGCUCAUUUGGAGAAAAGUCGUGUCUCAGAACCUAGAGAGGUGGAGAAGCUGGUUAUUACCCCAUCAGAAGAGCAACUAGGUCUUGCAUUUAAGGGUAACCAAAGAAUGGUGGUUGAAGCAUUGGAGGCCAUGAGUGAAAAAGAAGCGCUGGAAAUGAAAGAAGCUCUGGAUGAUAAAGGAGAGGCGGACUUCCAAGUUUGUACACUUGGAAAAUCUGUAAGGAUCAAGAAAAACAUGGUAUCUAUCAGUAUGGAAAGAAAGGAGGAACAUCAGACGGAUUUUUAUAACCUUUCAGUCAUCACGCUAUCUUUUGUUACUGGACGAAUAAUCUACUGUCUCUUUGAGCAUUCUUUCUACACAAGACCAAGCAAAUCAGGGGAUGUACAGCGGAAUGUGUUCCGCUUCCCUCUUCUAGUGGCUCCAAUUAAGUGCACGGUUUUCCCAUUAAUCAAGUCUCAACAGUUUGUUGAAGUGGCCAACCUCAUAGCUAAAUCACUAAAGGCGGCUAAUAUCUCACAUGAAUUAGAUGUUACAGGCAAGUCUAUAGGGAAACGUUAUGCCAUAUCGGAUGAGCUUGGUGUCCCCUACGCCAUAACUGUCGAUUCGACUGCUAGUGUGACCAUGCGUCAGAGGGACAGCAAGGAGCAGAUCCGUGUAAGCAUUGAGGAGGUGGUCUCAGUUGUGAAAAAAGUCACGGUUGGGCAAAGCACAUGGGCUGAUGUGCUCUGUAGAUACCCAACCCACGUUGCUACACAUGCUGAUGAGUUGUGAAGCGGCUUCUGACGGAUGAAGUGAUGAAAGCAAUUCCUUAUCUUGCUGAAUUUUCAAACUACUGGAACUUAUUAGGCUAUUAUAUUUGUUAAACGGUUGCACACAAAAUUGUGGUGAUGAUCUAAGAGAGUAAUAUUUUGCUAUUUUGCACACAAAAUUGUGGUGAAGCGGCUUCUGACGGAUGAAGUGAUGAAAGCAAUUCCUUAUCUUGCUGAAUUUUCAAACUACUGGAACUUAUUAGGCUAUUAUAUUUGUUAAACGGUUGCACACAAAAUUGUGGUGAUGAUCUAAGAGAGUAAUAUUUUGCUAUUUUGCACACAAAAUUGUGGUGAAGCGGCUUCUGACGGAUGAAGUGAUGAAAGCAAUUCCUUAUCUUGCUGAAUUUUCAAACUACUGGAACUUAUUAGGCUAUUAUAUUUGUUAAACGGUUGCACACAAAAUUGUGGUGAUGAUCUAAGAGAGUAAUAUUUUGCUUUAA